UUAUUACUGCUGUUUGAGCAGUGGCUGGAGCUCAAUCGAAUGGUGCCAUGCCGACUACUUCCGGUGGCACUGAAGUGGAUUUACUUGGCUCCUUAUCUGAGCCAUUUUCCUCCAAUUCAUUAGCCCUUGUAUCAGCAACUACAACCACCUCUGACGUUAAUCCUUUUGGGCCUACUAGUUCUGAACCUAUGUUUGGCGGAGCAUCACCUGCAGCUUCUGUCCCUAACCAGAUGUUUGAGGAUCCUUUUGGUGAUGGUCCGUUCAAAGCUGUACCGACCUCAGAGACAGUGCAAAUUCAGCUGCAGAACAUUGCUCCUCCAUCUUUCCUUCCUAACUCAAAUCAAAGUGCUGAGGCUUUUCUGUCAGUCCCUCAGAGUGCUGAGGUCCCGAGUACAACAUAUGCAGCACCCAAUUAUGCUCAGCUGGAGCUGUCCACAUCCAACCAUGAUAUUGAUAUAUUGGCUGAUAUUCUCCCGCCUUCUGCUCCUUCACCUUCCGUGCAUCCCACGAAUGACCAUGCUAUCCCAAGUGGCCAACUUGCGGCACAGACAGGUUUUCCAUCUGACUGUUGGCUAGCUGCACAGCCAACAGGUCAUGCUGCUUCACUAACAGGUUUUGCAGAUCAACCUGGUUUACAGUCACCGCAAACAAGUUUUCCCAUCCAUGGGCAACCUGUAUCUCAGAUUGGGUUCUCUGCUCAAACGAGCCAUUCUCCAUCUUUUGGUGGUUAUUCGGUUCCACCUGGCCAAACACCACAGACAAGUUUUGGGCCGCAAAAUGGCCCUGCAUCUCUUAAUGGCUUCCCAUCUGCAUCGGGUUCAUUUCCCCACCCUGGAAUUCAGGUCACUGCUGGUCACUCUAUGCAGACUACUGCUAACUUUGGAGGCUACAGCACAGGAUUGGGAUCUACAGGUUCAGUUAGUAUGCAAAUGGGUCAAACUCCCACUGGAUCAUCUUUCCUUGCGCAGCCAGCUACAGCAUCCGAUAUACCUUCACAAAUGAAUUUUCAAUAUUCACAAAAUCAAACAAGUAAUUUGUCAGUACCCUCACAGUCUACUCCAGUUUCAACAGCUCUCAUCAGCAGCAACCAGCCAGCCAAAGACAAAUUUGAGACAAAAUCUACCGUUUGGGCAGAUACACUGAGCCGUGGAUUGGUCAAUUUGAACAUUUCUGGACCUAAGACAAAUCCUUUAGCUGAUAUUGGAGUGGAUUUUGAUGCUAUUAACCGCAAGGAGAAGAGGAUGGAGAAACCUAGUACAGCCCCUGUGACAUCAACUGUUACCAUGGGCAAAGCAAUGGGUUCUGGUUCUGGUAUUGGUCGUGCUGGCGCAGGUGCUCUAAGGCCUUCAUCAAAUCCAAUGGUAGGGUCUGGCAUGGGCAUGGGCAUGGGUAUGGGUGCUGGUGCUCCUGGAGCGAGUGCGAGCAUGGGAGCAUAUGGAGUAAACCAGCAUAUGGGUAUGGGUGCUGGUGCUCCUGGAGCGAGUGCGAGCAUGGGAGCAUAUGGAGUAAACCAGCAUAUGGGCAUGGGAAUGGGGAUGAAUAGACCAAUGAACAUGGGAAUGAGCAUGAACUUGGGGCAAGGAGUCCACAUGCAACAGCCAACUGGAUUUCCUCCUGGAUCUACCAUGCCAGGAGGCUACAAUCCCAUGAUGGGCAACGGUAACUAUGGCCAACAAUCAUUCGGUGGUGGGUACCAAUGAGCUUAAGCCUGUCAUUUCGGAAAGUAAAGAAUGUUUCCUAGCCUGUUGAGCUCACCAUCUGUUGUAGAGUCAAUACUUUUGGGUUAUACAUGUAGUUUUGCGGAUAAGAGGUUAGAGUUGUAUCUUAAUUCAUUCUUUCAGCAUUGUUCUAUAGUUGCAUUACCAAUGUCCCCUUUUUUGGGUCAGAGAGCGCUUGCAUAGAUGACUCGCACAUUGUUUAGUUGUGUACAAUUGAGGAUCACCUAUCUCAGGUGUCCUCUUUUUUUGCAAUUUGAUCCAUAUAUAUACAUGUAGAUUUUUUGGAGUCAUUGAUUAUGGAACACCAGAUUGUUGAACAAUAAUAUGAUCAUUCAUUUUACGUA